GAUAUAUUCAGAGCAAAAGCAAAGAUGGAACGAAGUUUCAAGAACUAUUUUUGUUUUAUAGUGACCAGUUUUAUUACUUUAAUUCCUAGAAGUAUUGAUGGAGAUUUUAACACAAUGACCGAAAGAAAAGAACUACGGAAUAAACAUAUAAAAGGAAAUCUUGUUAAAUCUAUGACGACGGAGACCAGUAUAGAGUGCUUUAGAGAAUGCAAUACACUUACACAAUGUUCAUCAAUGUCUUACAACCCACGAAAUAACAUUUGUUAUAUGUACUCUAUGUUAAAAUAUUCAGAUGUAACCUUGGAUGAUGGAAGGAUGUACUAUUUGAAAGAUGUUAACAAUUGUCUGACAGAAGAAGGAUAUUCAUACAAAUCGAAUGUCAUGCUGUGUAUUAAGUUUUAUAAUGUUAAGGUAACAUACCAUGAAGCUGUUUCUACAUGUCAAUCAGAAAACUCAUCACUAGUCAGAAUAGACAGUCAGGAAAAACAAAACGUUUUGUAUUCUUUUUUAGCAGUUGAUAAACAGUUCACGACAGGUCAUGUAUACUUGCAAGGGAAAAGAAUCCCAAAUACAUCAGAAUGGGAAUUUGAUGAUGGAACCCCUAUAACAUACUUACCAUGGAAUCUAGGCCAACCAGAAGCGUAUGAUCAAAUUUAUUUAUGCUCAUUAGCUCAAGACCAGGGAAUGUGGCAUGACUGCAUCGGGACACAGUUAUUUGGAUUUGUUUGUGAACUUAAAUUGUUCUAGUUCGAAAAAAGGUGAUAUUUGACUUUAAUUGAUCAUAGUAAUGACCUUCUGACUCGAUGCUCGGGUGAUGAAAAAUAAACUCUUGUUACGCUAGUGUUUCAUUACAUAUUUGCAUGUCAAUACAACAGUACAAACGUUUGUUUUGAUUCUCAGUGAUUUACCUUUUCAGAUAUGAGAAGGUAAUCAUCUAACUAUCCAAAAUCGAUGCAUUUACACUUAAAUCAAUUAAUUCCAUCAAAUUUCAAUAGCAAAGACAAUAACAGUUCCCACCAAUUCUCAACGUACAAGUGUUUGCAUGUACAAACUUCAUUUCAAAUUAUCUGUCUUUUUAAACAGAGUUUGAAUGUUUUGAACCUUUCAGAUAGUCGUUAUGAUAUGAUAAAAUCACAUUAAUUCCUUUCUUAAAAAGAAAAUUCUUUCAAAUACAUAACAUAGUUUUACUUGAGUCAAAAUUUGCUCUUUUUAUUUCAAUCCAAGAUGACAAAACACACAAUUACAGCUUAGAUCAUUGUUGAAUAAAGACAAUAGCCCUUUGUUUAUUCUUGGUAUUUCAAAAACUUUUGUAUCAA